GUAAUCUUGGAGCACGAAGAUAGCAAGCGCCAUGUGAUCUCUAUAAAAUUCUGGCCGGGAGGAGAGGUGCAUACAGCCUUGAAGAAACCCUUGCCAGAAAGUCAGUGCCUUUCAUCCUCACCUGACAUUGGAAGUAGCAUUGCAGCACUCAUCGAUCUAGCAUAUGAAGGGCGGAAGGAACGAUCUCUUCUCCAAACAACACGACGACCCCAGAGAGAGAUACAAGCUGCUUGCCUCGGCUUUGUACGAGCUCCGCCGAUAGACUAGACCAAAAACCCAUAAAGCUUGGUCUAGGGUCAGGAUGAUCCCUAAUCCGCUGUCACCAAGAACGUACAUGUCCUCGUCCGGCACUUGUAGUUACGUCAGGCUCGAACACAAGUCCAAUGGCUUCAGAAGCAAUGUGCGUCCUAGGAGAUGCAGACGCCGGAAAGAAGACUCUGACCUGGCACCUGGUCUUCACGUGCGGGGCUUCCCUUCCUGAGAUUGCACCCAUCGAGAAGAGUCGGGUUUGCGAUUAUCGUGGCAUCGCAACCCUUUACCGACAGCAAGGCAGGCCCGUUUCAUUCUACGGCCCCUCGGCCCAAUACACGAUCACAGACAUUCCCGGAAAUGCUGAUGUUGCCCUCUGGGCCGUAGAUGCGUCUGCUGAUGACUACGGAGCGUGUUCGAGCCAAAGGCUUGCGUCCCUCCUGUCUUUCGGGAAGCUCCGUGUCGAGGAGCAGCUGAUUAUAAUUGCUACUAAAAUGGACCUGACCAACUGGUCGGAGACUGUCUUCGCGCAGGUCGCACACUCAUUCGCUAAGAUCAAGCCGGCGCAAUCCAAGUAA